GGCGCACAAUCCACUUCCGACAAUUCAAGAGGAGCCUCAACCAUUGGACAGUGUAGAGGAGUAUGAACGAGGUAUUGAAGAAGUGCAUGGACCCCCGGCUUCAAAACGACUUCGUACCGAUCCUACGUCCGACGAAGUUCUACUGCGUACUGAUCAAGAGGAGCUUCAGCCGCUCUCUGCCCUGGACCCACCAAGAGCUCCUUCCAUUUCGACUACUGAAGUUGAGCUACCCACCGAACUGUACCCCCAAGAUCAAGAAAUGUUAGUGGCCAAUUCUACAGCUACUGUCAAUGCUACGCCUGAAGGUCCGCGGUUACCACCAAAUGGACCUGUCCUGGUGACACAAGAGGAGCCUACAAAUUCCUUCAUGACGGAGCAAGGUGAAUCUGCCUCGAUUUCUCCUGAUGGAGAUGAAGACUCAGUUCAAUCCGCCAAUGAAGACCUCGAUGAUCACCAAGUCUCGCCGGAGUCGCUCGAUGUUCAUCUCCGGAAUAUCGCUGGAUUGACGGAAGAUGAAGAUCUAUUUGAUUCUAUUUGUGGUCAUGAGUUUCGUGAUGGUGUACUCUUCCUGCAGAUCUUAUGGAAGACUGAUGAAACGUCGUGGGAGAGUGGGAGAAAUAUCGUGCUUGCCGCGAAGAUUUUCCUUACGAUGUCGCCAAGUACAUUUGCUCCAACAAGAUUGGAUCCGCCUCUGGUAACCAUUCAAAUGGACCACAUCAACGAUGGGCACGUACUUUCUUGA